CACUUCCUGUGCUAUAGCCCUACUGAGCAUGCUCCAGCCUGUGCCGGCUCCGCCCCCGCUGCCCCGCCUGCUAGCGCCGCUUCGCGGCCUCUGGACCCCGCAGUUGCUUCAUCUAGCCCCGCCCCUUACAGCCCGUACGCUCAGCCUCCUGCCAUGUAUCAGGCACCACAAGCCCCACCUCCACAGCAGUACCAGCCAAUACCGCAGCAGUACCAGCCAAUACCGCAGCAGUACCAGCCAAUACCGCAGCAGUACCAGCCAAUCCCACAGCAGUACCAGCAGCCCCCUUCGCAACAGGUCCCGCCCACUCAGCAGAGCUCCAUUCAGAUCCCUCUUGGCUCCGCCCCUCCCAAGGUGGUCAGCACAGCCUGCAUCUACCCCCCAGCCAGCCUCAGCUCCUGCUCCUGCUCCAGUCCCAUCUCAGCCCCGCCCUCCAGCCGCUGCCCCGGCCCCAGCCCCGGCUCCAGCUGGUCCUGCCUCCUCUAACAGACCCCCCUGGGUGUCCGACACCAACUUCGCAGAUAAGUUUGACCCCAGUAAGACCACCACCACCACCACCGUGAAGAUUCAGCCGCUGCCCCAGGCCGCCCCUCCUCCACCGGCAUACAUCCCCAACCCCUCCUCAUCCGCACCUGCAGCUCCCAGCCGCCCCCUUACAUCAAGCCCCGCCCCCUUCCCGUCUGUGGCGAGGGGCGUGGCACAAAGGGCGGAGAGAUUUGCCGCCAGCAGCCGUACGCCUCUGUGUGGGUCCUGCAACAGCAUCAUCAGGGGCCCCUUCCUGGUGGCCCUCGGUCGGUCCUGGCACCCCGAGGAGUUUAACUGCCACUACUGCCACAUGUCUCUGGCUGACGUCAGCUUCGUGGAGGAGCAGAACAACGUCUACUGUGAGAACUGCUACGAGGAGUUCUUCGCUCCGACCUGCGCCCGCUGCAACACCAAGAUCAUGGGGGAAGUGAUGCAUGCGCUGCGGCAGACAUGGCACACCACCUGCUUCGUGUGCGCCGCCUGCGGCAAACCCUUUGGAAACAGCCUCUUCCACAUGGAGGACGGAGAGCCGUACUGCGAGAAAGAUUACAUUUCACUCUUCAGCACCAAGUGUCACGGCUGCGACUUCCCAGUGGAAGCUGGCGAUAAGUUCAUCGAGGCUCUGGGUCACACCUGGCACGACACCUGCUUCGUCUGUGCGGUUUGCCAUGUGAACCUAGAGGGCCAGCCUUUCUACUCAAAGAAAGACAAACCUCUGUGCAAGAAGCACGCUCACGCCAUCAACGUGUAGACUCGCCAUCUGGAGGAGGAGGGGGAUGGGGGCGGGGCCAACCAGCUGCAGUUCUGCCGCUCCUGUCGUCACCGGGGGAAACACUGCCGGGCGAUGACGCCGAACGCAAGCCGAAGACAACAACUUUUACAGACGUGUGUAAACGCUCUUUAUGCAAAAUACACUUUGGUUUGAUUUUGUGCAUUAAUAUUAAAGGUUAAAAUGACGGUGCCUGAUGAUUCUGCUUCAUAACAGGAACAUGUGCAAAAACCAAGUCAAGAUGUUUUCUGUUGUCCAUCCAGCCCACUUUCAUUUGUACUGUAGUGUUUAGUUUUUAUUGUGUUUUACCAGAAACUACUUGUGUGUUUGAUGUGAAACGGAGGACUUUGUACGGAGUCUGGAGUGUGCCAAGUGAAAUAACUGUAGACUUUUUUUAGUGUUAAAUUCUAACAAACUAAUAAAUUGAUAAAUGUGAGAAAAAAAAUAUGAAACUAAACCGAUAAUGCAAUAAAAUAUGCAUCUUUAAUAAUAAUUUCAACGUAAUUUGGUGCGUGAAAUUAGGUUGAAAUUUGUCAAAUGAAUAAAAAAAUAUAUAUAUAUAUAUAUUUCCCCGUGACCCUGUAUGCAGGAUAAGCGGUUGAUGGAUGGGUGGAUGGAUGGAUGGAUAAUUCUCUUUGAAUGCUUAGCUUUAAAUGAAUUUAAAGUUUUUAAUUUAUUUUGCAAUUUGUAUUUUAAUAUUGAAUUAUUAUUUACAAAGUAAGGAAAUACAUUUUUUGGAUACUACAUAGAUUUAUAAUCUAUCUUUAUUUUCCUUUGAGUUUUAGAAUGUAUUAAAUAAAAUGUUUUAAUCACUUUUCUACUUUUUUAAAAAUGUUAAUUUACAAAAUUAUUAUAAUUAAACACAGAAAAUACUAUAUGUAUUCCACUGGCACACUCGAGACGUGUGAACUGCACAGCUGUCUCCCGAAUAUUGUUCUCAUCAGACUGUAUCUUGGACUUGUCUCUGUAAUGUGCCUAUUUUGAUUUGUUUAGGUAUUUUCAAUGCUACCUUAGUUAUUUUUUCACUUUACUAAACUAAAAAAAAUAUGUUUUAUUAAUGUUGGUUAAGCACUACAAUGUAACAUAUUUGACGUGUAGAAUUCACAGACAAUAGGUUUUUUUAAAGGUUAAUUUCGUGCAGCAGAUGGGACAGUAAAGCAUCACUUUUACAUUUAAAAAGACAAAAAAACGGUCUGGAGCCGGUCUGUGCUCUGUGUAACAGUGAACUGCCUUAUCUGAACUAUGUCUGACAUGUGUUAGAAGUGUGUUUGGCAGUAAAUGUAACAUACGUGUGUUUGGAAA